UCAUGGCUUGAGUUGACAAGAACAAGAGCAACGACAAUGACAAAUUGGGAAACUUCAAAAUCUCACACUUCUUGCAACUUUGCAAUUGCGAUUUCCUCUUUACAACGCUCUUCCUAUUUCUCCACCAACCCCCUUUUCUCUACUUUCACACCUCCUAUUUUCCAGAUUGGAUCCUCUCUCUCAAUUUUCUCCUCUGGGUCACUCUUUUUCUUCCACUUCACUUCAACACUACCUCAUCUUCAUUUUCAUUGAAGGAAAAUGAGAAGAACAUAAACUCACUGAGAUUGAAAAAUUGGUGGUUUUAGCCUUGAACUUGAAGGGUUUGUAAUUGUGAUGGAGUUUGAUAGCUUUUGUGAUUUGAAUGUUUGGAGGGUAUGUGGAAAAAUGAGAUUUUGGAGUAUUUUGUUACUACUGGUGUUACUGAAGAGUGAUGUUAUGGUUGUGGAUUGCGGUUCGGAUUACUUGGUUGGUCUUGGAAGCUAUGAUAUUACUGGUCCUGCUGCUGAUGUUAAUUUGAUGGGGUAUGCUAAAACAGAACAAGUUGCAUCUGGUAUUCAUUUCAGGCUUCGUGCUCGUGCUUUUAUUGUUGCAGCAUCAAAGGGUAAUAGGGUUGUGUUUGUGAAUAUUGAUGCUUGUAUGGCUUCACAAGUUGUGACAACCAAAGUGAUUGAGAGGCUGAGAGUAAGAUAUGGUGAUUUAUAUACUGAAAAUAAUGUAGCUAUUAGUGGAACUCACACUCAUGCUGGUCCUGGGGGUUAUCUUCAAUAUUUUUUGUAUAUUAUAACAUCUUAUGGAUUUGUGCGUCAGUCCUUUGAUGUCAUUGUUGAUGGCAUUGAGAAAAGCAUUGUCCAGGCUCAUGAAAAUCUCCGUCCUGGAUCAAUAUUUGUUGAUGAAGGAGAACUGUUAGACGCUGGUGUGAAUCGCAGUCCCAGUGCUUAUCUCAAUAACCCUGCUUUAGAGAGAAGCAAAUAUAAGUAUAAUGUUGAUAAAGAAAUGACUCUUUUAAAGUUUGUUGAUGAGGAAUGGGGACCUGUUGGAAGCUUCAAUUGGUUUGCUACUCACCCGACUUCAAUGGGCCGUAGAAACUCAUUAAUCAGUGGGGACAAUAAAGGUGCUGCUUCACGAUUUAUGGAAGAUUGGUUUGAGAAAAAAGAUUCUGGAAGAAUGGAUUCUGAUGUACUCGAAGAUGAUGGAACACCACAAAGAAUCUCAAAUAUAAUUCCUGGACUUCGUGAUAAUCAAGUUGGAAAACAGGAAGCAAUUGAUGCUUGGGCAUAUGCACAUUCUGACCAGCAUUUGUCUGUAUGUCCUCAAUCACACCUCAAAUCAUAUCAUGAAUUAUUGGAAGUUGCUGCUUCUUUCCAGUCUCCUCCUGGUAGACCAGCAACCAAAACGUCGAGUGUCACUAAACGAGUGAGAGGUGCUCCUAGGAAUGCUGACAAGCCUAGAUUUGUAGCUGCAUUUUGCCAGUCAAAUUCUGGAGAUGUCAGUCCAAAUGUUCUUGGAGCUUUUUGUCUAGACACUGGACUACCUUGUGACUUCAAUCACAGUACAUGUGGAGGGAGGAAUGAGUUAUGCUAUGGCCAAGGACCUGGUUAUCCAGAUGAAUUUGAAAGCACUCGCAUUAUAGGGGAAAGACAAUUCAGAAAAGCAGCAGAUCUUUUCAAUGCAGCAGAUGAAGAGAUUAAAGGGGAGGUUGAUUUUCGACAUGCCUAUAUUGAUUUCUCCAAACUUGAGGUAACUAUUUCUGAUCAAGGAGCUGACAAGGUUGUAAAGACGUGCCCUGCUGCAAUGGGUUUUGCAUUUGCUGCCGGAACAACAGAUGGACCUGGGUCUUUUGAUUUUAAGCAAGGUGACGAUAAGGGCAGUCCUUUCUGGAAGCUAGUCCGCAACCUAGUUUUGACACUAAGCAGGAAACAAAUAGAUUGUCAGCACCCAAAGCCCAUAUUGCUUGAUACUGGUGAAAUGAAUAUACCAUAUGAUUGGGCACCUUCAAUACUUCCAAUUCAGAUCCUCCGAGUUGGGCAGUUUAUCAUACUUUCUAUACCAGGAGAAAUCUCAACAAUGGCUGGGAGGCGACUACGUGAUGCAGUGAAAACGGUACUAAGUAGUCACAAAGAUUUUGAAAACGUUCAUAUUGUUAUAUCAGCGUUGAGCAAUGCUUAUUCUCAGUACGCAACUACAUAUGAAGAAUACCAUGUGCAAAGAUAUGAGGGUGCUUCUACACUAUAUGGUCCACACACGUUGAAUGCAUACAUUCAAGAAUUUAAGAAGCUUGCAAAGGCUCUUGUCAGCGGGCAACCUGUAGAAUCCGGCCCACAACCUCCUAAUCUUCUGGAUAAGCAAGUAUGCUUGCUACCACCAGUUGUGGUGGAUGGAACCCCUUUUGGAGUAAAUUUUGGCGAUGUUUUCUCCGACAUACCUCAAAACUCCACCUUUAAGAGUGGUGAAGUUGUGACAGUUUCAUUCUGGUCCGCGUGCCCUCGUAAUGACCUUAUGACAGAAGGCACCUUUGCACUGGUGGAAUUUCUCCAAGGAAAAGAUACUUGGGUUCCUGCCUAUGAUGAUGAUGAUUUCUGUCUGCGAUUUAAGUGGUCAAGGCGUUUUCAACUCAGUCCUAUGAGUAAAGCAACCAUGGAAUGGAGGAUACCACAGGGUGUGACUCCUGGUGUGUAUAGAAUAAGUCACUUUGGCGCUGCAAAGGGAUUGUUUGGAUCGAUUAACCACUUUACAGGUUCAUCAAGUGCAUUUGUUGUAGUAGCGUAAACACAUUUUGUUCACAGGCCACAACCAUUACUGUAUCAAUGAUUUGCUGUGCUUAAUACCCUUGCAAAAUUCAUUCCAUCCUAAAGAAGGGUGUUUGCAAUAGAUACGGAACACUGAAUUUGUGAUAUAUGAUUGUGUCUUAUAAUUUAAGGGAUUGCUGUCAAUCAUUGUGUUGUUAUCGUUGUUAACAAUUUCAGGGAUUACUAGUUAACUAUAGGAACUGUCUGUUUUUUGUUUA